AUGAAGACCUCUUUGGCCACUGCAGUUAUUCUCUUUACUUCGGUGCUGGCAGCGCCUGUCCCCAAGGGUAAUGCCAACAAUGGAAAUGCCAAUGCGGAUGUCGACAUCCCCACUGGUCCCGGCCCCGUGUGCACCGAUACCGAGAUCUGUCCGUAUGAGACCGGUAACAGUCAGUAUGCCCGCCGUCAGGAGCCUAUCCCUGAUCAUGCCUUGGGGUCUCUCAUCGGUGGUGGUCUGGGCAGGAGAAGCGAUGAGGCUAUCCCUACUGACGCCAUCAUCUCACUGGCUGGUGGUGGCCUGAAGCGACGUGGUGAUGAGGCUAUUCCAACUGACGCCAUUAUUUCGCUAGCUGGUGGUGGUCUCAAGCGACGUGGCGAAGAGGCCAUCCCUACUGACGCCAUUAUUUCGCUAGCUGGUGGUGGUCUCAAGCGACGUGGCGAAGAGGCCAUCCCUACUGAUGCUAUCAUUUCGCUGGCUGGCGGUGGUCUGAAGAGAAGUGAGGGAGACGCUAUGGAGUCGUAUUAAAUAUGCCAUAUGGUAUUCAGGAUGUCGUUGUGCUCCCCAUAACAUACCCCUAGGUUUGAAAUCUCUUGCUUUUAUUCCCUUUUCCGAAGCAUUCAACAUGUGGAAAAGUGGGAAACAGGAAAUUAGGGUGAAGUCAGUAGGGUGCACGAAUGGUGUGUUUUUUAUUGAUGCAGUUGAG